ACUGUCAAACACAAGGGGUAUCUAUCCCCUGACAAAUUUCUUCGUUGGAUUUUUACUUUUUUUGGAUAAAUUUGGGUUUUUACAAAUAUUUACAAUAAAUUAAAGUUGGGUAUGCUAAAUAAGUUAUGCAUCCAAUUGUAAAUGAACCUGGGUUUCAGGCUGCAACAGCUGCUACUGCCGCUGCUGCUGCUUCCACCGGUAAUGUGCAACUGGCCUCCAUUAUGGAUUCAAUAGAUUCGGAAACAUCCGAAGCUGGUCAGUAUCCAAUGGAGGAUUGUGGUGGCUUUAUGGAUCCAGAAGUUCAACGCAUGAUGCGUACGAAUAAUGAGGACGCCAGUGAAUAUCCCAAGUAUGGUUGGGUCGAUAUAACGCAAAGUUUUAAGUCAGCCUGCGGUGAAUUGAAUUUAGGUGAAUUAGCUCAAGAUAUGCUAUUUGGUUUGUUUGAAGCCAUGUCUGCCAUUGAAAUGAUGGAUCCAAAGAUGGAUGUGGGCAUGGGCUACAAUAAAAAUGACGCCACUCCUCAUACAUUUGAGUCGGCGGUAGAGGCGGGAGUUUUGAAGCUGAAUAAUUUAACAAAUGAAGAGCUUAUUGGCAUCUUUGAUGCUUUAUUCACCUGUAUAGUGUCCUGGCUGGAGGGAAAUUCAAUGGAUCAGGUCUUAUUUACCUGUUUCUAUUUGCAUGCUCCUGCCAAAAUAGAGGAUAAGUCACUGAAGGCAUUCUGCCAUGCUGUUCGACAUUUAAUUAUCCACAUUAAGAACAUUAUUAUAUCAAGCAAUGUCAAUGAAGAAGAAGAUUUUCAACUUUAUGGCAAUUCUUCGCUUUUGGCGCCGGAGGACUCGUUUCAAGCCUCGUUAAUUCAUUCAAUGCUUAAGGAGGCUGAAGAUGAUUUAGUUAGACAGAGCAAGAUGGCUCCUCAGCCUGAAGAUAUCAUGGCGGUAGUUCAUCGUUUGCGUUUUAUGCGUCAUUUUUAUCAAGCCAUUUAUAGUUUGGACUGUGCCAUGGUUAAUAGCAUCGAUGAAGCGGUUAUAAAUGAGAUUUAUAAACAUUUGAAUACUUCUUUGGAAUUGACGCCGCAGAUAAAGAAAACCAUUGACAAAGGCACCCAGCCCAAAGAAGGAUCUGACUCUCCCAAUCCUAUUGGAUUUUCACCCCGUAUUCACGAUCGCAGUCAACCACCUACAUUUCCGCGUAGCGUUAAAAUGCGUGAUAGACCUUCUAGUUUAAUGUUUCUAGAAGAAUUGGUGCAACGUCUUAAAUAUGCCUGCAAAGUUAUACGUAUGCGAGACUACUAUUCAGCUCUGAACUUUUUUAUAGAAUUUAGUCGUAAAUCAGGACAAUGCAUACUUUCGCGCAGUGUACUUCAAGGUCUUUUCAUAUCAAGUCGUCGCUUGAUUUUUGGCACAAUUCCUGUUAAAGAUUUCCUAUGGGACUCUGUGCGAGUGUUUAAUUCACCACCGAUUUUGAAUCCCAAAAAUCCUCUGGCUAUGGAACGUGAUAUUCAGUUGAAUUUGGACUCAUUCUUUCGCUACUGCAUCAGCACAUUUACACAAUUUUUGCGUAUUUGUGGCUUUAAUCGUGCUCGUCAACGUGACAAGUUGGGUAGAUUUAUUGAAAGCUUCGACAGCAUACAAGUCGAAGCAGCACGUCUGGACUCACAUCUCAGCAUGUUGGCCAAUGAGAAAGCUGUUGAGGGAAAUGAACCUGCUGCUACAGCCCUAAAGUUUAGUACCCAGUUUGCAACAUGGGUUCUAUAUAAUUGCUUCAGAGCUAUGAUGCUGUAUUUAAUGUCGGGCUUUGAACUGGAGUUGUAUUCAGUACAUGAAUUUCUGUACAUUUACUGGUAUCCCUAUGAACUGCUCAUAGGCUUUAUCGUAUCGGCUCUGACACGAACUGAGAAAAAUCUAUUGGCCCAAGAGGAAUACGAAAAGGAACAACUGAGCAAAUUGCAAGCCAAAAAUCGCAAUAAGCCCAAGCCUAAAAAGAACAAAAAACAACAACAGAAAUCAUAUCGUCAGGAAAUUUUCUAUUAUCACGCACUAAUGAAUAUGUGUGGUGGCUUUUAUAAGGCCAUGUGUGCCUUAACUAAAGACGGUCGAAUACGUCAACCCAUGCCCAAGUUUGAUAAUGAAGAAAUUCGUUUUAAUCGCCGUUUUGCGCCAUUUGCUAAUUUGACUUCACCACCACCAGUAUCGUAUGAAGAGUUCAAGAGUAUACGGGAACAUAUGAUGAGUCCGCCAUCAUCAGAUAUUUAUGAUUUGGCGGCCAAGCAUUUUGAUCAAGCACGAAAUGCUUUGGAAUCGAUACAAAAUCCUGAACAAGAGAUUCUGGACAUGCUCCAGGUGGCUAAAACCAAUUAUAUUGUAAUGAAUGUUUUGGCGAAAGGACAUCAGAAGGAUACAAAACGUCAACCUGAAUUUGAUUUCUCCAAACAUCGUCAUUUUCCUAUUAUAAAAUUAACCUAAAGCAAAACAAAUUUGUAUUAUAAACAUUUUUAUUGAUUUAUAAUAAAAACACAUUUAAGGGA